CAGCCUGGCUGUUCUUUGACAGCUGCUCGGUCCUUGACGUCAGGGUGUUGUAUGUCCGCUAUGAUACUCGGCGACGUGUCAUCGACCAUUUAACUGUAUGACAGUCAGUUUACACUGCGAGUGAGACACGUCUUUUAAGACCAAGCUGACGUCUCGUCCGAGUUUGUUUUUUAAAUUUAGCUACUAAGCUCGUGAGCUAACUAACUAGCAUUGCUGACAGCUAGCUAGCAACUUGUUAGCCGGCUAGCAACAGGGAUCCUCCCAGCACUGUGAUGGCUAGCAAGCGAUAGCGACACUUUCUCUUUCCAAAUUUGGUAACUGCGUAAAUAUUUUCUCAAUAUUUAUUUACAUUAUUUUAAUUUAACAAGACGUGUGUUGUUAGCUCUGCUUGGGCUUUCUCUGUUUAGCCAGUGUUUCGUGGUGAGUGUGGUUUUUCUGUACAGGUUAAGGUCAGCAGUCAUUGUUUAUCGAGGCUCAGCUGUGUCUAGCUGCCUCUAUUGUUUACAUGGAUACGGUCAGCUGAAGUGCACCGCGGGCAUGUGCUCGUUACAAUACUGGAUCAGCUGCACAACAACCUCAGUGGACAUGUGGAAAUGGAGCUGGGAGGUAGCUAACAUCUAUCUACAGCCGACUCUACCGAAAUGAGGAUGACCGGGGCUUUGAAGGAGGACAGCUGUGCCUGCUGGACUGUUUGACUUUGUGUGGGCGUUGGACAAAGGACAGGAGUGUGUUUGCCCAUAUCAAAGCUUAACCGAAAGCUAGACGAGAUGCGGAGAGUAGGAAAUAUACUGUGCCGGGAACUGGUCCACAUCUCUGGCACUGGGAUGCUUCUGAAGACCCUCCUGAUCUCCAGUCUGCUUGGCUGGGCGACAUGUCAAGAGAGCCAGAGCAUGACACCUGAGGAGAAGACUGUUAUUAGGGACCAGAUUAUUGAAAUGUUUGACCACGCUUAUGGCAGUUACAUGAAAUACGCCUAUCCAGCAGAUGAGCUGAUGCCUCUCAGCUGCAGGGGGAGAGUUCGCGGUCAGGAGCCAAAUAGAGGGGACAUAGAUGACUCCUUGGGGAAGUUUUCUCUCACACUGAUCGACACCCUUGAUACCCUGGUGGUGUUAAACAAGCUUGAUGAGUUUGAGGACGCAGUGAGGAAGGCUGUGACAGAUGUGCGCCUGGACAACGAUGUGGUGGUGUCUGUGUUUGAGACCAACAUCAGAGUGUUAGGAGGGCUUCUGGGAGCCCACGUGAUGGCCGACCUGCUACGGCAGCGUGGGGAGAGGAUGCAGUGGUAUCGUGAUGAGCUCCUACACAUGGCCAAAGAGCUGGGCCAUCGAUUACUGCCUGCCUUUAACACCACAAGUGGCCUUCCCUACCCUAAGGUGAAUCUGCGGUACGGAGUCCUCAACCCACUUUCACGCACAGGCACUGAAUCGGACACUUGCACAGCAUGUGCUGGAACAAUGAUCCUGGAGUUUGCAGCCCUCAGCAGACUGUCAGGAGAGUCUGUGUUUGAGGAACAUGCAAGGAAGGCGCUGGAUGUCCUCUGGCAGAGAAGACAGAGGGGAAGUGACUUGGUGGGGACUGUCAUCAAUAUCCAUAAUGAAGAAUGGGUCCGGAGGGACAGUGGAGUUGGUGCUGGUAUCGACUCAUACUAUGAAUAUUUGAUGAAGGCCUACAUUCUUCUGGGCGACAAUGUUUUUCUGGAGAGGUUCAACAUUCACUACAGUGCCAUUAUGAAGUACAUCAGUCAGCCUCCCCUGCUGCUCAACGUACACAUGCACAACCCCACUGUGAGCGUGCGUAGCUGGAUGGAUUCACUCUUGGCAUUUUUCCCCGGCUUACAGGUUUUGAGAGGAGAUUUGAAACCAGCUAUUGAGACUCAUGAAAUGCUUUACCAAGUCACCAAACAGCACAAGUUCCUUCCAGAGGCUUUCACUACAGAGUUCAGAGUUCACUGGGGCCAACACCUCCUGAGACCAGAGUUUGCAGAAAGCACCUACUACCUCUAUAAGGCCACUGGCGACCCCUACUACCUCAGAGUGGGACAGUCCAUCGUGGAAAAGCUCAAUGCCUACGCCAGGGUGCCUUGCGGGUUUGCUGCUGUGCAAGAUGUCCGCACUGGGACACAUGAAGACAGGAUGGACUCAUUCUUUCUGGCUGAGAUGUUUAAAUACCUGUACCUGCUGUUUUCGGAGAAGAGCCAGCUGCCCAUCGAUGUUGACGACUACAUCUUCACCACGGAGGCUCACCUUCUCCCUGUGUCUCUCUCCACCACCCAGCCGCCCUGUCAAAGCAACAAUACGGAGACUGUUCCUGUAUCUCACGAGGAAGAUCUGUUCACACACUCCUGCCCCAGCAUGGAGACCUUGUUCCCCAACAAUCCCUCAUUUGCCAAAACCAUUCGGGACAGCUACAAGUACCUCACUGGGGUGGGACGAGCCCUCCACCCCUUACCUGUCAGGGAAAUUGAACUGCCGCUCCAUGAUAGUGGGAUGGAGCCAGUAGAGUUCUUGAAAAGCAUGGGCAUUUCUCUCACUCCACUGAAUGAGGUCAUGGCAGGAGACUUGGGAAGUCGGAAGGAGCAUAAAGGAGUGUACCGGGUAAAGCUUGUGGCAGAGGUGAGCCACACGGAGGAGGAGGAGGUGGUGCCGCAUGUUGUUCAGCUCAUAUCACCCCCGUUUCUGGGUAGGACAGUCCUCACAGCAGGACCUGCCAAGUUCGGGAUGGACCUUACGAAGCAGGAGCAUGGGGUUAAGGGCAGCAUCGUGAAAGCCUCUCCCUACACUGCAUGCGGACCAAUAGAUAACACAGUGGAGCUUAAAGGGCAUAUUGCUCUGGCACUGCGUGGUGACUGCAUGUUCGCUGUUAAGGCUCGUCGGCUGCAGGAGGCAGGAGCCAUAGGAGUCAUCUUUAUAGACCACCGAGAGGGAAGCAAUAGUGAGGAAACUCCCCUCUUCCAGAUGGUUGGAGAUGGCGACUCCACUGAAGACAUCACCCUGCCGUUGGUGUUCGUGUUCAACCGCGAGGGUGCUGUGCUCACAGCAGCUCUGGAGGAACAACACAAUGUGGAUGUGCUGCUGCUGCCCAAAGAGAGGCAGCUUGGACAUGAUAAGACAGACAAACCCCUCGGCAUGAACAUCAAACUCCGCCUGGCAGAGGAGGGGGAGCUGGAGGAGGGAGCAUCCAGAGGGCCCACCUUGGAGUUUGUGUUGGAGAAACAGGAGGUGCUUCUUAAGGAGGAGGAGGACGAAGAGCUCAGAGGACGACAACAGCCGCAGCGGUUCUGCACAGUGGCAGCAGAGACAGACAGAACUGAACCGUGUUCAGCUGAUACCUCUCAAACCACAAACUCUGACAGUAGACCAGAUGCAAACCCCUGACCACUGCUGAUCCCAAAGCUGCCAAGUUUCCUAACACUGAUCUCUUGUCAGUUUCUGAAUGGCGUGUGCCUCAGAGCCCCUCACUGCCCUACAUGGAGCCCUAACUGACCCAGCCUGCAUGUUUACAGCCGAUGGAGGAGCGCAAAGCAGUGUGAUGGCCCCUUUGCAUCCUGUCUUGACUAUGAAACCUAAAGAUGGUCCUACGUUUAUUAGACAGAGAGUCAAAGUGGGGCUGCAGGUCUCUCUGAAACGAGGGAUGUCAUGAGACUAAAACAGGUAGCUGAAGGACAAAGACUGUAGGUUCAGAUGGCUGGGCUGUUACUGCCCACACCGAGCCUGUAGUGUUGCUAUUGUAGGCACAUACACGGUGUUGAUAAUGACGUAGAUCAUCAACUAGAAUUUAAAAUUACCUCACCUCGGAGGAAAACAUAGACAAAGCAAAAUGUACUCAGCUAGGUUUUUAUGCAAUGCAGUUUGUUUUUAAUGUAGAGUGCACCUUUUCACUUCAAUAACUACUGUUAAAUAUUCAGUGAGAGCAGAUGGAAUAUUACCCGGCCAGUAGGUGGCGUUAGCUGCCAUAACUUCUCAGUAACAUAGUGGAUGAAGGAGAUGAGCUGGGGCCAAUUUGGAAAGUUGAUUUUUAUUUUGUACCAGUAAGCAACUUCAGGGAAUUUCAAGAGUCAAUGCAGUUUGCUAGGUUGACCCAUUUGAGGAAAUGUUUGUGUGUGUGUUGUGCAUUUCCUUUUUGCUAUAGUGUAUGUGUGAGUGUGUGUAAUAAUACCCAAGAAAGUGUCUCAGCUAGAUCAUCAGUGCUGUCAGAUGACCCCCCCUGUCGUUACAAAGACGUUAUGCGAGGGUUUAAGAGUAAAAACUCUGUCGGAUUGACCACCGUGAAUCAUUUUUCUGGCUGAAUGCUACUUUUUCCCCGGCCCAUUAACACCUGUCUAGUCACUAUUAGAUUGUAACCAUGUCAUUUUAAAAACAUCGCCAGAAAAUUACCAAAGCUGGUUUUCUUGCAAGCGAAGUCUACAUGUACGUAACUCUGGUUUACUUCCAGAUGCAGCAUCACAGGUUGGUCUGCAGUCCCAGACUGCAAUGCACUUCGAAACACGGGUAUGAUCAUCUGUGGCAGAUUCAUUUCUUUUUGUUUGUUGCAAUAAUUGCAGUCAUAUAUGCUCCUAUUUACAUUACAUUGUGCCAUGAUGCAAUGGUCAUAGCCGCCUUAAAAUGUAAGUAGAAUGUCACAGGUUAAAUUUAAAUUUAAGUUUUGCAUUAUCUGAAAUGGUAACAGUCAAACUAGAAAGGCUCAUUAAAUCCUGUACGUCUCUUACACUCUCUUAACAAUAUUCCGGGCAUUUUUAUGUGCAAUUAUUUUAUGCAACACUUCAUAAAGAUGCACAACUCUUUAAUCAGUUUGUUCAUAUUCACUUUAUUCUCACUAAUUAUUUGUUGCAUGAUUUUUGUCUUGUGUGGUACAUUAAAUGUGAGCCUAUGUUUGAGUGGGGUAAACACUUCUCAUGCCAGAGUAUGUUGUGGUUUAUGUUUGUACAGUGGACCUGUUCCUGAUGCUGCUGAGUUCAUUUGAAGUUUUAAUCCAACAUGACACUCUUUAUUUUUUUGGUUGUUGUUGAGCCUGUAUGAGGCUCUGCCAACCCGUAUACCUCAGGACUGUUUACGUCUCCGCUCACGCACAGAAGAAGACCGUGAACAAGAAGUAGGGGAUUCUUUUUUUUUUUUUCUUCAUGCUAUUUAAUUUUCUGCAGUUCUCUAAGGUAUUUGUUGAUCAGUGGAUGAAAGACAAAAAGUGCCAUAAGAGAUGCAUGACAUGGCUCCUGUUUCUGUUUCACAUCCUGUCUGUAUUUAGUUUCUGACUGUAAGCUGAGGCAAUCCCGUUAAUAAAUUUGAAAUCACCAUUAUUAAA